CGGACCAUUGCAUGUUCUGGGCAGCUUGUUUAUUGGGAUAUUUUGGCUUCCUACGUGCUUCCGAGUUCACUGUUCCCAACCUGCCUAGCUUCUCCUCAUCUCUGCACUUGGGAGUUCAGGAUGUUGCGGUGGAUUCACCUUUGGCCCCAUCAUGCAUGCGCAUUAAGAUUAAAGGUUCCAAGACUGAUCCGUUUCGGAAGGGCUGUCUCAUUCACAUCGGCGUUGGUAGGCAUCCAUUGUGUGCAGUGCAUGUUCUUAUGACUUACCUUGUGCUCAGGGGUGAUGCUCCAGGCCCCCUGUUUUUGUUUCAGAGUGGUCAGCCUCCCUCACGUUCUGUGUUGACGGAUUGGCUUCGGCAGAUCAUGGUCUCUGCCAGGAUUCCCGGUAACUUCUCGAGCCAUAGCUUUCGUAUAGGGGCUCCUACUGUUGCUGCUCGCAACAGAGUACCGGAUCAUUUGAUUCAGUCCAUGGGCCGCUGGUCAAGCAAUGCCUAUCAGCUCUACGUUAGGGCCCUUUCAGAUGCCUUAGCUGCCCUCUCUAAAAUAUUGGCUUGAGGAAAGUAUUUGCGCUGCCUGGAACGCCUUUUGGAGCUUAUCUCUGGUUACUGUAGCAUUAUGUUCCUGGGUCUUUCUUUUGGACUUGCAGUCCACCAUGGCUAGCUUCCUAGGUAUGUGUUUAUUUUGCAUUUGCCCAUUAUAACAGCUGAUUGGUGCUUGGGGGUAGUUUUGGGGGAUCGGAGGUACCAUAUCACCCUGUCCUCAGGUCCCUCCUUUCUCCAAGCACCAGGAGAAGGGUUUCAUCUGGGUGGUUCCUGCUUUCCAGGGUUGCCAUGGAUACCUCCUAGGGGCUUAUGGCUUUGGCACCCCGCUAACCUUUAAGGCACCAGUUCCCAAGCUCAUCUAUUUGUGAUGAGUUUAAAUGUGGCUAAAUAUCAUUUA